AUGGCAGUUUCCAAGCUUUCACUCUCCAUUGUUGUUUCCUUAGCGAUGGCCUUGGCCAUGGCUCAACUCUCCCUAUCCCAAAACUCCCCAACAGACUUUCUUGCCCCGCAGAACGCCGCUCGAUUGAAGGUCGGGCUCAAGCCAUUAAUAUGGAACACAACAUUGGCGUCCGAUGCUGAAAAAUAUGUUACCGAGAAGAGUGGCGACUGCAUCUUGUAUGUUGUUAGGGAGAGCCAGAAUAACGCUAGAGGAUCAGGUGCUUUCAAUGCGGCAAAUGCUGUGAAGGAGUGGUUGGAUGAGGAUCAAUAUUAUGAUCGCGAAACCAAUGCCUGUUGCCAAGAGGACGGAGCCGAGUGCCAGCGUUAUAAGCAUAUUGUCUGUCGCAACACCAUUAGUGUCGGUUGCGCUAGGGCUCAUUGCAAGAAAAGCGAUGAGUGGCUUGUCACUUGUAAUUACUAUACCCCUGGAAAUUAUUGCGGCAGUUGGCGUCCUUACUGA